UCAAAGCAUUUCCAUAUUAUAAACAAUGCAAAAGAAUUUCAUACUGUCAGCCUUUCAAUACUCUUUGGAACAGUCUAUGGCACACUCUCUUAAGCGUGUGUCUGUGUCUCUUAAUAUGCUGCUUUUUUCUUGAUCAGUUCCAGUGGCCUUUAAUCACCCAUGUCAACCAAAACUAUUCCAUUAGAAUUCUCAAAGCUCUGCAAACUUCAGACCUUUGUCUCAGCAAAAGAACGCCUUUUGGGUUCGUCCUACCUAACCCAUUCAUGUACUUUCACCAUACCGACUUCCUCAUUACUUUGUUGGAUGGCUGAGUAAGAGGUUACAGAUCUUAAGAAUUCGUCUCCAAUUUCCUUGGAGGUGAUAUGGGGAGGCAGCUGAUUCUCCUGCUGUUGAAAAUAUAUUUAGCACUGGGUGCUAUUCAAGUUCAUGGAUCUGCAGUACCAGUUCCAUCACCAUCACCACCAACACUCAAUCGUUUCAUACCACGCCAACUAUCAUCCAUGCUAUCAGACCAUGCUGUCACUCCUGCAUCAAAUCCUCUCAGCUUUGGCUGGAAAAGGCAUGGCAAGCCAGUUAGUUCACCUCCCAACAAAGGAUUGCCUAAUUCAUCACCUGUGAAUCACUCUCCACCUAAAGACCAUGCUGUCACUCCUGCAUCAAAUCCUCUCAGCUUUGGCAGGAAAAGAUAUGGCAAGCCAGUUAGUUCACCUCCCAACAAAGCAUUGCCUAAUUCAUCACCUGUGAAUCAUUCUCCACCUAAAGCAACUCCUCAACAUGAUCUGGGUCGGCCUUCAAGUAUUGCACUUCCACCUUCUAUGUCAAUUUUUGGAGGUCCUGGAAAGAAAUGGGUUCAUGGUCCUGCAUCUUCCCCUUCAAUCUCAUUUCACAAGCAUUAUCAUGCAAGAAAAAAGUUCGACUCUGCUCCAGAACCAUCUUAUCUGAUACAUCCACCCACUUACAGCCAGCAAGGCCCUUCAGUCUCCCCAUUCCAAUCCCCCUAUCCUUCAUCAAUAAGCAAGGAUUUUCCUGCACCUGCACUAUCACCAACAAUACUGUCAAGCCACUUGAACAGGCCCAUUGUUCCACCAAAAAUUUCUCCUUUGGGUUCUUCCCUGAAGAAUACAAAGACACCACCACCCUCACCACUUCUGACCCUACCACCUCCACCUCCCAAUGAAGAUUGUACAUCUGUGACAUGCACAGAGCCUCUAACAUAUACACCUCCAGGGGCACCCUGUGGUUGUGUGCGGCCAAUUCAAGUUAAACUCCGCAUUAGCGUUGCAAUAUACACGUUCUUCUCUCUGGUUUCAGAGCUUGCUGAAGAAAUAGCAGCUAGUAUUUCUCUAAACCAUAGCCAAGUUCGCAUUAUGGGAGCAGAUGCAGCUAGUCAGCAGCUAGAAAAAACCAGUGUCAUCAUCAACCUGGUACCUAAAGGACUGAAAUUCAAUGACACUACUUCGUUUUCUAUUUAUGAGAAAUUCUGGCACCGGCAGGUUUUGAUCAAGGCUUCAGUUUUUGGUGCCUACGAAAUACUCUAUGUUCGCUAUCCAGGUCUUCCCCCGUCUCCCCCUUCAGCACCUUCUAGCAUUUCUGCAAUAGAUGAUGGGCCAUAUGCUGGCCACGAGAACAAUGGAAGGAUAAUAAAACCUCUAGGAGUUGCUGUGCCCAGGGGAAAAAACAAUGGACCUGGUGGAAGCAUGAUUACUCUAAUCGUAAUGUCAUCUUUCACUGCCUUCAUUAUAUGUGUUGGACUAGCUUGGCUUUUGCUGUUGAAAUGUGGUUCUGGUGUUCAUCGUUCUGAACAAAUUCCACAUGUUUUCAUAUCCUCCCCUAAAAAGCCAUCAGCAGGGGCAGCCCGGUCUAUGAUGUUUGGAAGCAUGCGUGGUUCUGCAUCAAUGUCUUUUAGUUCGGGCACACUAACAUAUAUAGGAACUGCUAAGACCUUCACUUUGAAUGACAUAGAGAGAACCACCAAUAACUUUGAUCCUUCAAGAAUACUUGGAGAAGGUGGAUUUGGGCUUGUUUACAGUGGCCUUUUAGAUGAUGGGAAGGAGGUGGCUGUGAAGCUUCUCAAGAGAGAUGAUCACCAUGGCAGCCGUGAGUUCUUGGCAGAAGUUGAGAUGCUUAGCCGCCUUCACCACCGAAAUUUAGUUAAAUUGAUUGGUAUAUGCACAGAGCAUCUAGCUCGCUGCCUAGUAUACGAACUAGUUCCAAACGGAAGUGUCGAAUCCCACUUACAUGGUGUUGACAAGGAAACUGAUCCACUUAACUGGGAUGCUCGGAUGAAGAUUGCCCUUGGUGCAGCUCGGGGCUUAGCCUAUCUGCAUGAAGACUCAAACCCACGUGUUAUACAUAGAGACUUCAAGUCCAGCAACAUCUUAUUGGAAUAUGAUUUUACACCCAAGGUCUCAGAUUUUGGAUUGGCUAGAACUGCAUUAGAUGAGGGAAACAAACACAUCUCUACACAUGUUAUGGGAACUUUUGGUUACUUAGCUCCGGAGUAUGCAAUGACUGGACAUCUUCUUGUGAAAAGCGACGUUUACAGCUAUGGGGUAGUACUCCUUGAGCUGCUAACAGGAAGAAAGCCUGUAGACUUGUCGCAGCCACCAGGUCAAGAAAAUCUAGUUGCUUGGGCCCGUCCACUUCUAACAAGCGAGGAGGGCUUAGAAACAAUCAUUGAUCCAGCUAUAAAGUCAAAUAUUUCAAUCAAUAGUGUAGCUAAAGCAGCAGCUAUUGCAUCCAUGUGUGUGCAACCAGAAGUAUCUCACCGCCCUUUCAUGGGUGAAGUUGUUCAGGCCUUGAAGCUAGUAUGCAAUGAGUUUGAUGAGACAGGUGAUCUAGGGUCAAGAAGUUGCAGUCAAGAGGAUCUUUUGGUUGAUUUAGAUAGCAAAGGCAAGAAACUUUCAGGUGAGAUCGUGGAAGUCUCACAGUCCCAUCAACCACUGUCUGGCUAUGAUUCUAGCCAUGGCACCAAGAUAGCAUUAUCAGCAUCAGCUUUGGGACUUGAGGGACAAGAAUUAGGGUCUUUCAGGAGACACUCCACUUCAGGGCCUCUGAGUGUGGGGAGGAAAAGGCAGUUUUGGCAGAGAUUAAGAAGUUUGUCAAGAGGGAGCAUGAGUGACAGUGAGCAUGGGGUUUCAUUGAAAUUAUGGCCAGAAUCUCAUUAGCUCCUGCUGAAGCCCCAUCGAUGUACAGUUGCAAUCUCUACCAAGCAAGAUUGGAGUUUGCUUUCCUGGACAAGAGCAAUAUCUAACGUUAUUCCUUCAUCUCUUGGCAUUUUCCCAUCCAUCUUUUUUUUCAAAUUUACUAUUGGAUUUGUACGACCCGUCCUACAAUCCAAUGGCGAAUUUAAAAAUAAAUAAAUAAAUAUGGAUAGAGAUAGAAGAGAGAAUGCUGAGAGAUGGAGGAAUACCAUUUCUCCUUAUUUACUAUGAGCUGAAAUCCCAUCCAUUUUUUCCCCUCUUGUGAUUUUUGAAAGCCUCAAUUGAAGCUAAAGGUUAGGGGAUGUCACCCUAUUUUGGCUUCUAAAGCUCCACAACAUAUACUCAUGGCUUCUAUUAUUUUAAUGCAAAUAGUUCGAAAGUCGGUUUCAUCAAUAAAAUAGAGUAUUAGUUAAAGUAAAGAAA